AUGUCGGACAUCUUUCGGACGGCCCAAGGAGUCACUGUAUGGCUCGGAGAAGAAGAUGAAUUUACGCCGGACGCCUUUACCGUGAUUGAGAGGAUUGCGAGGAUUCCCAGGGCAAAGUGGGCGGACAUGUCGUACACGGGCUUCUUUGACCCCAAAGGAUCUUGCUAUCGCGGUACCGGCGUCGAGCCGUUGACCUAUCGCAACUGGUUGGGGUUCAUUGCGUUUACGAAUCGGCCCUGGUUCAGUCGAUCCUGGGUGGUCCAGGAACUAGCACUGGCGCGGAAGGUAAGCGUUGUCUGCGGCAGUCGAACGUUGCCCUGGGAAAAUCUGGCGAGGACAAUCGAGUUCAUCCGCGCAACGAGGUGGUACCACCACCUUUCGACCGAGAAGAUGCGACAUCUACGCGAGCUCAAUCGAUGUCGUGGCGCGUACCAGAAAUUUCUCGCAAGCAAUACCAAUUUUGGCUUGGAGCCCGUGUAUCUGAACAGCACGCGGAACGCCCUCCAGGCAUACGAGAAAGGAGGGAACAGAGGAGCGCCUUCGUUGAGAAUGCUGAUUGAUACACAUCGUCACACCAAUGCAACUGACCCCAGGGAUAAAGUGUAUGCAUUUCUCGGCCUCGCGAGCAGGACAUCUUCAUCAACAAACCAAAUCGAGCCCAACUAUGAGACUUCGACCCGACAGGUCUACAUUGAUGCGGCCUGCUCAUUGCUGCGAACCUAUGGAAACCUGUAUCUCUUGUCACACGUGCAGGAUCGCUCCCUGACAAAGACCAAAGGCCUGCCAUCUUGGGUCCCAGAUUAUUCUGUACCGCUCUCACCAUACCCUCUCGACUUCCGGGGACGCUGCAACUGGUCGGCGUGCGGGAAUAUGAAGUGGAUGCCGCCGAAAGACGUGACGACGCUGGACCGAGGUCUGCUGCCUGUCCAGGGGUUUCACAUUGACACUAUUUCUGAGACGGCCAUCAUGCCAUACGAAGCCACCGACGCAGGGGAGCCAUGGGCCAGCAUUGUGAAUAUGGUAUCGAAUCUUCCCAGUCCAUAUCCGCUCCCUUCGCUCAAAGGCGCUCCGAUAUCGCGCAUCGAUGUGCUUUGGCGGACGCUGACAACAAACACAUACGCUCGUCAACAUCCCGCUCCUCUUGAAUGUGGCGCCCUGUUCAUCGACUACAUCCUGAACCUGCAAAUCCGACACCGUCUGCGGCCUUGGUCGUCUAACGAUUCAGAAUUUCAACCGCACUCGACUCCGCUCUCUGUGCUCACAAAUCCCGACUGGCGCAGUCUUAUAGAGUCGGAGCCAAACGACUCGCCGUACAAUAUCUCCGUUUACCGAAGGCGUCUGACGGCAUUGGUCGAGAACAUGCUGUCCUCCAAUUCCUACACCCCAAUUGAUCUCGCGCAACUGCACCAUGACAUCGAGAACGGCUCGGGCAGAAUGCGGCGCCUGUUUCGAACAAGUGGUAUGAUGCUCCUCGGUACCGGGCCCAAAGCGCUCCGCGUGGGUGACGAGGUCUGGAUCCUCGGUGGGGGAAGGGUGCCGUACAUUCUUCAGCCGGUCACAGUCAGGGAGGGGACGGGGACGAGCCCAAAGAGGCAACAUCGUCUUGUGGGGGAGGCGUAUGUACAUGGUUUGAUGCAUGGUGACCCGGCUCGGUUUGGCCGGGACUUGCAGUCAACUGUGUUGAUAUGA